AUGGCAAAGCAAUUUGACUGGCUGACCGAUACAUAUAACAGAGGGAAGGGUAUUGUCAUGUUUUUUUUAAACCACACACACGCCUUAGCUUUCUUUAGAGACAACUCGAAAUUGCAAUUGUUGAAGGUUGUACAAACACGAUUUGCAUCACAUUACAUAUUGUUGAAAAGAAUAACCAAGUGUAGGGAAGCACUUGCUACUACUAUUGUCAUAAACUCGUGGCGGGAAUGGGUCAACAAGGCGGAUGAGCACACUCGGCUACUUGCUAAUAGAGUGGCAGAUACAAUUAAAGAUGAAGAUUUUUGGGAUGAUAUUGUUCACAUUUUGGCUGUCACAAAACCUAUCUUUUACAUGGUAAAGUUUUGUGAUGGUGAAGGUCCGAAAAUGGCAGAAAUAUAUGAACGAAGGGACAAUAUGAUGGGUCAAAUCAAAGAGGCUAUGACUAUGACGGACAAUAAAUUCUCAAUGUAUUACAAUAAAGUUGAAGAAAUUGUGCUCGAAAGGUGGGACAAGAUGACUAUCCCCCUCCAUUGUUUAGGAUUUGCUUUAAAUCCUAAAUAUUAUGACAAGCAUUAUCUUGCAAAUUUGGCACCAGGAGGCAUGAAAAGAAAUCCUCCCAAUGAAGACAGAGAAAGUGAAGAAGAAGAGAAACAGUUGAGAGAGCAAUUUGCAACCUUUCACAUGAAGAAAGGAAUUUAUUCAUUGGCCGGGACACAAGCCGAUGCGGUGACUAUGGAUGCGAUUGAUUGGUGGGCAACAUAUGGAGUGGAGACUCUGGAUUUGGCGGACAUGGCAAACGAAUCCUCUCGCAACCGAUUAGUAGCUCUUCAACUGAGAGGAAUUGGAAAUCUUACAAAGUCGGACCCAACAAAAAAUGGGACAUCAAUCCGGAAAGUGAUCACAUUGAAUGUUCAAGUGCUCGUCUAA